UUAAAAAGAUCAAUAAUUAGUGAACAAUUUUAACAGGUGGCAGUUUUCAUAAAAAUCCAAAAACAAUUGGAUUCAGAAUUUCUGAAGCCCACAACAGUAUGGUCCCCUUCCCUCUGAUCGUUUUUGUAUAUGUAGAAGGACGCCUCCGGAUUCUAAGAAAUUUAGAGCACGAAAGAGAACAAGAACCCUUGUAAUAGUAUAUGUUGAGCUGCAUGGUUGAACUCAGUUUUAAACGCUUUCCGGUAGCUUCUUGACUUUCUGUUUCGGCUGUGAAGAAGUUUAUUUUCACCUCGGGCCAGUUUGGAGCCAUAUUAACAGAAACUGCUGCCAUGAGAAGUUUUCUGCUCGAUAUUAGCGUCAAUAGCCAGGAGUUUUGAAUUUAAAGGAGGAUAUACCUUUAAAGAAAAAACCUACUAAUUGAGGAUGGAUGUUAAAGAAGCAGAAAGGGUAGUUGUUGCUAAACCAGUAGCUUCAAGGCCGAGUUGCCCCCCUUUGAGAUCCUUCUCCGAGCUACUUGCAGGUGCCAUCAAUGCCUCUCCAUCUCCUGAAUCUUCUCAAGCCACAGUUUCAGCCAUUAGACCGAAGACUGUGAGGUUCAAGCCAGCCGUGAAUCGCCCGCCCCCUGCUGGGUUUAUUUCUUCUGAGGCAAGCCCAUCUUACAAAAGUCAUAAAUCAGACACUAAUCAAACAGUUGUUUACAAGCCUACGGCUAAGUUUGUCUCCAAGGCCACUGUUUCUCUGCUGGCAAAUAUGGGAAAUUAUAGUACCACUCAUAGCCAGCAGCUUCAACAUCCCAAUCAGGAGAAACCGAGGACCAAUUUGAGCUCAAUUAAUCAUCAGAAUAAUAACACCCCAGGCGCUGAAUCAAAUCUGGCAAUUGAAUGUUUCAAGGUGGUACAGCAGGCCCCAGAGGAGGACCAGAAAACUUCGCCAUCUACUAGUAAUGGUGGUGAUAGACCUUGUUAUGAUGGGUAUAACUGGAGGAAAUAUGGGCAGAAGCAAGUUAAAGGAAGCGAGUAUCCAAGGAGUUAUUACAAAUGCACGCAUCCUAAUUGUCCAGUGAAGAAGAAGGUUGAAAGAUCAUUUGAUGGGCAAAUUGCAGAAAUUGUGUAUAAAGGGGAGCACAACCAUUCGAAGCCUCAGCCUCCUAAGCGCAACUCAGCUGGAGCACAAGGAUCAGGAAUCGUGUCGGAUGGAUUGGGUCAAGAUACUAAUUAUAAUAAGCAUCUAUGGGGUAAUCCUAACAGUGAGAAGAAUGAAAAUAGAAUAGAGAACCAGAGUGAAUCAGGCUAUCUUGUCAAGGCUGGAGGAAGCCCUGUGAAUUCAUAUGCUCAAAGUGAGGAAUGUGAGGAAGGAAGCAAGGGAAAUGAAGUGGCGGAAGAUGAACCAAAGAGUAAAAGAAGGUUUUCAAUAAACGCAGUUGAUCUUUCACUCAGGAAAAACGAGAAUCAAUCCAAUGAAGUAGCAGUGGCAGAGGAAGGUUUAGUGGAGCCUCAAGUGGUGGUUCAGAGUUCUACAGAUUCUGAAGUACUUGGGGACGGCUUUCGCUGGAGGAAAUAUGGGCAGAAGGUGGUGAAGGGCAAUCCACAUCCCAGAAGUUAUUAUAGAUGCACUAACAUAAAGUGCAGCGCCCGUAAACAUGUGGAAAAAUCAAUUGAUGACCCAAAAGCAUUUAUCACUACAUAUGAGGGGAAACACAACCAUGAGAUGCCACGCAAAACUGUAGGUGCUGUGGCCUCUGACAAAGUCAAGCCAUGAAUAGCUCUUCAACGGGGAAAGAACGGUAGAAUCCACUAUUGCAGUCUUCAAGUUCACCAGAAAACGACGUUGGAAUAUGAAAAUGGAAUUUGUAUUAUGGUGCCAAUGACCAUAUAAGAUGUUGUUAUGAUAUCUGUAUCAGUAGAUUCUUUCCUCUCUUGCCUAAUUUUUCAGGUCUACCAUCCCUCCGCUAAUCUGGAGGUUUAUAAGAUGCCUUAUAUUUAUUUGUCUUGCUGUUUUAGUGUUAUAAGGCAUGUUGUGUACCCUAUUGUCUGAAUGUUCUUGUCAGUAAGAAUUAGCUCAUUAUUUAGAAUUGAUGGUGAACUCAUUUUGCUCAUUUGGUUCAACUGUGGAUCAAGUUUUAAGGGCUUCUUAUCCCAAUUA